GACCAUUCACCAGCUGACCAUAUGUGCUUCCCUUAUACAGAGAAUACCUUAAGCCUCAGGAAUUCCACUUGCUCUCUUGCUGACAAUUUAUUUUUGUAACACGGGGUGUGUCUUUUUUGCCUGGCAGUGAAGCCUGAUAGUAUAGCGACAAUUUUUUUUUUUUUUUUUUUUCAGCUCGCCUCUUCUCUUUUCUCCCUAACUUUCAUUUGUCGCACCGGUGCUAUUGGAUCUAACUUGAAAGGGAAGCUGGACAAAGACCAGGAUUUGGUAAUUUGUGCUGAAAAGGGAAAAGAUCAAAAAAAUAAAAAAUGCAGACCACAGAUUUUGAUAAUUCAGAAAUUGAGCAGCAGUACAGCCGAGUGAAUUCCCGCUGGGAGGCCACAGAAGAUGACCUUGACAAUGAUAACUGUUCUGCCAGAAUGUUUGAAAGGUCCAGAAUUAAAGCUCUGGCAGAUGAACGUGAGACUGUUCAAAAGAAGACAUUCACAAAAUGGGUAAACGCAAAUUUGGCUUUUGUAAGUUGUCGUAUUUCAGACCUCUACUUGGACCUCAGAGAUGGGAGAAUGCUACUGAAACUACUUGAAGUGCUUUCGGGAGAGCAACUGCCAAGAAGAACGAAAGGGAGAAUGCGUAUCCACUGUUUAGAAAAUGUUGACAAGGCUCUUAAUUUUCUGAAGGAGAAAAGAGUCCAUUUGGAAAAUAUCGGUCCUCAUGAUAUAGUUAAUGGUAAUCACAGGCUGACGCUGGGUCUCAUAUGGACCAUCAUAUUACGAUUCCAGAUACAAGACAUAGUAAUUGAGACAAAAGGAAGUGAGACACGUUCCGCCAAAGAUGCCCUACUUUUGUGGUGUCAGAUGAAGACAGCUGGAUACCCCAAUGUCAAUAUAACAAACUUUACAUCAAGCUGGAAGGAUGGGUUGGCAUUUAAUGCUUUGAUACAUAAACACAGGCCUGAUCUAAUAGAUUUUGAGAAACUAAAGAAAUCCAAUGCUAGACAUAACCUUGAGAAUGCCUUUAAUGUGGCCGAUCGACAGUUGGGCAUAACGCAGCUUCUUGACCCAGAAGACGUCUUCACUGAAAAUCCAGAUGAAAAGUCCAUUAUUACCUAUGUAGUAGCAUUUUAUCACUACUUUUCCAAGAUGAAGGCAUUAGCUGUAGAAGGCAAAAGAAUUGGCAAGGUUUUGGAUGGCGCCAUCGAGACAGAAAAAAUGAUUCAUAAAUAUGAAAGACUUGCCUCUGAUCUGUUGACAUGGAUUGAACAAACAAUCCUGGCUCUGACGAACUGGAAGUUUGCUAAUUCUUUGUUGGGGGUUCAGCAACAAUUACAGUCAUUCAGUGCCUACAGAACCACAGAGAAACCUCCCAAAUUUCAGGAGAAAGGAGAAUUGGAAGUCCUUUUGUUCACCAUCCAGUCCAAGAUGAGGGAGAAUAAACAGAAAGUAUAUGUACCUCAUGACGGAAAGCUAGUAUCGGACAUCAACAGGGCCUGGGGCCGACUUGAAAAGGCAGAGCAUGAGCGAGAGACUACCUUGAGGGCUGAACUCAUUCGUCAAGAAAAACUCGAACAGCUGGCAAAACGCUUUGACAGGAAGGCAGCAAUGAGGGAGGCCUGGGUGGCUGAGAAUCAACAUCUAAUUGCUCAGGAUAACUUUGGUUAUGAUUUGCCAUCGGUGGAAGCCGCCAAUAAAAAGCAUGAAGCAAUUGAGACAGACAUUUUGGCUUAUAAAGAGAGAGUCCAGGCUUUAGUAAAUGUGGCCAACGAGCUGGAGAAUGAGAGAUACCAUGAUAUAAAACGGAUUAAUGCCAGGAAAGAUAACGUUGUUCGCCUCUGGCAAUACCUUCUAGAAAUGCUAAAUGCUCGGCAUCAGAGACUCAACAUGAAUUUGGAGCUACAGACCCAGUUCCAGGAAAUGUUGCACACUGUUAAUUGGAUGGAUGAAAUGAAAGUUGGUCUAUUAUCUCAAGAUUUUGGGAAACACCUUGAUGAGGUUGAAUAUCUCCUUCAAAAGCAUGCUUUAACUGAAGCUGACAUAGGGGCUCAAGAAGACAAGGUGAAAUCUUUUAAGACGUCAGUGCUUAAGUUUGUUGGUGGAGAUGGAUACCAGCCAUGUGACCCACAGGUGAUUAAAGACCGUGUUUGUCAUCUAGAACUGUGCUAUCAGGAACUUGUCACACUAGCAGCACAGAGAAAAGCUAAUCUACUGCAGUCUAGGUGCUUGUGGAAGUUCUUUGGAGACACGGAUGAGGCCGAGAGAUGGAUUAAGGAAAAAGAACACAUUUAUGCUUCAAUGGAUUAUGGGAAAGACCUAACAAGCAUUGGCAUUCUUCAAAGAAAGCACAAAGCUUUUGAAGAUGAACUCAAAGGUCUUGAAACCAGUUUACAACAAACCAUUAAUGAUGGAGAAACAUUGAUUGACCAAAAACACAACAAAGCUGCCAAGAUCAAGGAAAGAAUUGAUAAAAUCAAAGAAGAGUGGUCUCAGCUUAAAGAACUGGCUGCCUUUCGCUUAAAAGUACUAUGUGAUGCAGAAAAUUUCUUCCAAUUUCAAGUCGAUGCUGAUGAUUUAGCCGCAAGGAUGCAAGACACCUACCGUAUAAUGCAAAGUGAAGACGUUGGUCAUGAUGAGUACUCAACUAAUGUUAUGGUGAAAAAGCAAAAAGAUCUUCUAGAUGAUAUUAUGUUGAACAGAAAUGUUCUGGAGGGUCUGAAACAGGUAGUGGAAAGCUUUCCGGAGGAAUUCAAAAUGUCACCAGAGAUAGAUAGCCGCUGUCGAAGGUUAGAGUCUCUCUAUAUUGAUAUGGCAUCACUGGCUGAUCUGCGUUCUCAGAAGCUUCAAGAUGCUCUCGCGUUUUACACGAUUAUUGGUGAAAUAGAUGCAUGUGAAAUGUGGAUGAAUGAGAAGGAGAAGUGGCUGGAAGAAAUGGAGAUUCCGAAUUCAGUAGAGGAUAUGGGAGUCAUUCAACACAGAUUUUACACACUUGACCAAGAAAUGAAUGCGCUAGGUUCUCAAAUCCAGAAUGUAAACAACGAUUCCAAUGCACUUAUUGAGAAUGGGCAUCCUAAAAGAAAGGAAAUAAAGCAGGUCCAGGACCACAUGAACACUCGAUGGACAGUAAUUCAGGAGAUGGUAACACAAAGGAAAAGAGCCAUUGAUUCUGCCCUUGGUCUUCACAAUUAUGGCCUAGAGUGUGAAGAGACCAAGAAUUGGAUAAUUGAGAAGGUCAGGGUGGUGGAAUCCAUACAAGACCUUGGCAAUGACCUUGCAUCUGUGAUGUCCGUUCAGAGGAAGCUAUAUGGCAUUGAGAGAGAUCUAGCGGCCAUUGAGGCUAAACUAUUAAGUCUGCAAGAGGAGGCACAGAAAUUAGCAAACCAACACCCAGAUCAUGCCCAAGAAAUCUUGGACAGAUUGAUUGAGAUCAAUAAUGUCUGGCAAGAUUUACAGAAGGCUUUGCAAAAUCAAGAAGAUUCAAUAGGGGAAAGCAGCAAACUGCAGAAAUUUUUGGUUGACUUGUAUGAUUUCGAAACAUGGCUCUAUAGAGCCCAGCAAGCAACUGCUUCUGAAGAUGCACCAACUUCAUUAAUAGAAGCUGAAGAGCUUCAUAAUAAUCACAGUGCACUGAAAGAUGACAUUGAACACCAUGUUGUGGACUUCCAUGAUGUUGUUGACACUGGUAAUGCUGUAACAAGCGGCCAGACUGAUCCUCAAUACCAAGAAUUGAACCAACGCGUAAAGGACAUAGAAGUGGGUUGGAAUGAUCUCCACAAGAUGUGGGAAAACAGAGAGAAUUUCCUCUCUCAGUGCCUCGAAUUCCAAAAGUUAUUGAAAGAUGUCAAGCAAUCAGAAGCUAUCUUAAACAAUCAGGAAUAUGUCCUUGCUCACACAGAUCUCCCCAACACAUUGCAAGCUUCUCAAAAUAUUUUCAAAAAACAAGAGGAUUUCAUAGCCACCAUGGAAAAUAACAGAGAGAAGAUUACAGGGCCAAUUGAGACCGCAAAAAAAUUGGCCGAAGUCAAAAAUAUUUAUGCUGACAAAGCUCUGGAAAAAGUUUCAUCACUGGAAGACAGAUACGCUAUGAAUGCGAAAAAGGCAAAGGAAGUUAAUUCAUUACUGAGGGAUCAUUGCGACCUGCAGAAUUUCUUAGAAAACUGCGAUGAGUUAACCCUAUGGAUCAACGAAAAAUUGCUGACAGCUCAGGAUACGUCAUACGACGGAGCCCGCAAUUUGCACAGCAAAUGGUUAAAACAUCAAGCUUUCAAGGCAGAACUCGAUUCCAACAAAGAGAGGCUAAAGAAGAUUGACCUGGAAGGAGAACAGCUGGCUAAAGAGAAGGACCAAUUUGUACCAAUAAUUUCAGAAAAACUUAGUCAUCUGCAUAAGCUGUGGGACGAGCUGGAAACAACAACCUUAAAGAAAGAACAGGUCCUUUUUGAUGCAAACCGUUCUGAAUUGUAUGAACAACGAUACGCAGAUAUCACGAAGUGGAUAAAAGAGAUGGAGCAGCAGGUGGGAUCCGAUGAUUUUGGGAAUGACUUGACAAGUGUAAAUAUUCUUCUAAAUAAGCACAAGAGACUUGAAGAUCAGAUAGAACAAAAGACUAAAGAAAUAGAGGAAAUUAUUCCGCUGGAGCCAGACGCUGGAACAAAACUUGAUGAUAAAGAGCAAAAUAUUAGAGAAAGAUUUCUGCAGCUUCAGGAGCCCAUUCAAGAGAGAAAGAGAAAACUUAAUUCUUCAAAACAUGUACAUCAGCUCCACCGCGACUUGGAAGAUGAAACUCUCUGGGUUCAAGAGAAGUUACCACUUGCGGAGUCACAACAAUAUGGAAAUAAUCUUCAGACAGUUCAUAUGCUCAUAAAAAAGAACCAGACACUGCAAAAGGAAAUUGCCGGCCAUGGUCCCAGGAUAGACGAUGUUAUUAAAAGGGCAGAGAAUACGGAAGGUGAACCAGAUAUUGAUCCUCAGCCAAUUGAAAAGAAACGAAGGUCACUGCAAGAGUUAUGGGAACGCAUACAAACUGCAGCUGCGGACAGGCAGAGAGCCCUAAACCUGACAUUGGAAGCUCAGCAUUACUAUAUGGACGCAGCCGAGGCAGAAGCCUGGAUUGAUGAACAGCAACUUUAUUUGAUCGAAGAUGAAAAAACAACAGAUGAAGAAAGUGUGGUUCUUUUGGUGAAGAACCAUUUGAGCUUGCAGCAUGGAGUAGAACAUUAUGUAACAAAUAUUAGAGAAUUGGCCGACAAGUCUCAGAAGCUUCUUGCUCUAGAGCACCCUGAUAGUGAACAAAUAAUUCGACAGCAAGGCAAUAUAGAAAAACAAUAUGCAGCUUUACGGGAUAUGGCAGAUGAGCGGAGACAAAAAUUGGACAACAUCUAUCACAUGUUUCAACUAAAACGUGAAGUGGAAGAUUUGGAACAGUGGAUUGCAGAGAGAGACGUGAAGGCCUCAUCCCAGGAGUUGGGACAGGAUUUAGACCAUGUAACUGUGCUGAGAGACAAAUUUCGAGACUUUGCCAAGGAGACAGGGACCAUAGGGCAGGAACGCAUUGACAACGUGAAUAUCUUAAUUGAAGAACUAAUUGACGCUGGUCAUUCUGAAGCCGCCACCAUCGCAGAAUGGAAAGAUAACUUGAACGAGAGCUGGGCAGACCUGCUGGAGCUUAUUGAUACCCGAGUACAACUUUUAACUGCAUCAUAUGAGCUUCACAAAUUCUUUUACGAUGGUACAGAAAUCCUUAACAUGAUACAAGAGAAGUAUGUUGAGUUACCCGAAGAAGUGGGUGCAGAUGAAUACACCGCAGAAUCCCUGCAUAGAGUACACACCGCCUUUGAAAGGGACAUUCAUUAUAUUGGGUCACAGGUUCAGUUUUUCCAAGACACAGCCGUACGUCUAAAUGCUGCCUAUGCUGGACAACAAGCUGUCGAUAUACAGAAAAAGGAGAAAGAGGUUGUUGACGCAUGGAAAGGACUUUUGGAUGCUUGUGAUGGGCGCCGCACUGAGCUAAUAAGUGCAUCUGAGAAAUUUCGAUUUUUUAGCAUGGUUCGGGAUUUAAUGGUUUGGAUGGAAAGCAUGAUUAGACAGAUUGAAACACAAGAAAAGCCAAGAGAUAUAUCGUCUGUUGAGUUUCUGAUAAAAUAUCAUCAAGACCUCAGAGCAGAAAUUGAAGCUAGGAAUGCAAACUAUGCCAAUUGUGUUGACCUGGGCCAUACCCUGCUUGAUAGAAAUCACCCUGCUUCUCAAGAGAUAAAAGAGAGGUUGGAACAGCUAGCAGAAAAAAGAGCUGAAAUGGUCGAGAAAUGGGACAAGCGUUGGGAUUGGCUGCGCUUAUUGCUAGAGGUUUGUCAAUUUGCCAGAGAUGCGUCCAUGGCGGAAGCCUGGCUAAUAUCGAAGGAACCUUACCUGUCCACCACCCAGGUUGGAAAUAGCAUUGACGAUGUAGAAAAGUUAUUGAAAAGACACGAAGCUCUAGAGAAAUCUACUGCAACAUGGGAGGAAAGAUUUGCAGCUCUUGAAAGACUGACAACUUUGGAAUUGAUGGAAAUAAGGAAAUAUCAGGAAGCUUACAAACAGAAAAUGGAGAUGGCUGGUGAAUCAGAAUUGUACCACAUGGAGACAAGCUUCGAACAUGAUAACGACAGAACGCAGGUGGAAAUACAUGAGAGUCGAGGACUUGAAGUACCCGUUGAAGUAGAAGAUGUUAAAAAAAGUGCUGAAACACAGGAUAAAGAUGACUGGAAAAUACAAAAGGAAGAAUAUGAGACAGAAAUUACAGAACAGACUGGGUACAGUAUUUUACAGCCAGCUUCGAGGAGGACUGAAGAAGAACAGACAUCUUUGAGGAGGUCUGAAGAAGGGCAGACAUCUCUGAGGAGGUCUGAAGAAGGACAAACAUCUGUGAGCUGGACUGAAGGACAGACAUCUGUGAGCUGGACUGAAGAAGGACACACCUCUGUGAGCAGGCCUGAAGAAUGGCAGACAUCUGUGAGCUGGACUGAAGAAGGACACACCUCUGUGAGCAGGCCUGAAGAAUGGCAGACAUCUGUGAGCUGGACUGAAGAAGGACAGACAUCUGUGAGCAGGCCUGAAGAAUGGCAGACAUCUGUGAGCUGGACUGACGAAGAGCAGCCAUCUACGAGCAGGACUGAACAAGAGCAGGCAUCUGGGAGCAGAACAGAAGAACAUGUGUCCACACUCCCAGCAGAGAUUGGACAGUCUAACAACAUUCAAAUGCAAGGAUAUCUAGCACGAAAACACGACCUCCAAGGGACACUCAAAAAGGCAGCAAGCAGGUCAUGGACAACAGUGUAUUGUGUGCUAAGGAAUUAUGACUUAUUUUUCUAUAAAGAUGCUAAAAGUUUUGCUAUGAAUGAAUCUCUGCAAGGUGAAGACCCACUGGUACUCAGCAGUGCAAGUUGUGAAACCGUGGCAGACUAUAAAAAGAAAAAGCAUGUUUUUAGGCUACGGCUGAGCGAUGGCAACGAAUGGCUAUUUCAAGGAAAGGAUGAGAAUGAGCGCCAAUCAUGGAUACAGGUUUUGAGAUCAGCGAUUAUGGAGACAUCAGACGUAAAACCAAAAUCCCAAAGCCUACCUUUACCAUCAACAUCUACGACUGAGAGCAAACCGGAGAAAAAAGAAAAACGAUUCAGUCUUUUCACCAAAAAAUAGCACCGUAAACAUACCGAAAAUGUACAAUCUUUGCCGAAAUAAAGACAUUAAGCAUA